UGAAACUUAUAAACAUUUGAACUCGUAUAUUUUUCACGAUUCAUAGUGGUAUUCGAAGUUUUCUAUUUUAAUCAUGGAUUUGGCCGACAAUGAAAAUAUCCAAGAUCCAUAUCAAUUUACAUCAGAUGACUUCUCUGAUCAUGAAUCAGGCGAAGAAUUAUGGAAAACCAACGAGAAUGAGGGUGAUAAUGAGGGUUUCGGAAAUGAAGAAACUGUUCAACUGCUGCAACCACUGUCAUCAACAAAAAGAAAAAGGGUAUAUGUAUGUUUGGACAGAAAACGUGGCUUCUCGUGGUGGUCAGGAAAUUGGUUCUUGUUUAUUGAAUCAUUUGAGAACCCGCCUUCAACUAGGAGUCAAGAAAAUUAUCCUGUACUCGGACAGCUGUGGAGGCCAGAACCGCAAUAUCAAAGUUGCGUUGAUGCUGAAACAUUUUCUAGCUUCAAGCAAUGUCGACUUCAUCGCGCAACGGUUUUUUCUAGCAGGGCACAGUUACAACAGCUGUGA